CUCUCUCCUGUCCAUCUCCAUCUCCCACUUGCCUCCUUCCUGUCUCCGUCAACAUGGCCAACAUGAAUGAGUCUGCUUCGAACACGGUGUCAUCUCCCACUCAUCAUAUUCAAGCUGAAGCCAGCACAGCAUCGUCGUGGCCCGAUAUCACCCAACUCUCACUCGAACACAACCCAGACAUCUUCACCAUCGUCUGCUGCAACGACAGCUUCCAACUCGCCCUCGAUCACAACACCAUCAAGACCCUGCUUCGAGUGUGCAAACGAGCCCGUCCUCUCCUGAGCUCCAAGGUGGCUCACUUCCACAGUUCGUGUCACAGUAUGGAGCUAUUCAAUCCCGAUGGACAGAUGCGAAUCGGCCUCACACCAAGCGACCAGAUCGCCAUAUCGCUGCACUGCGAGGAUCAAGCCACAGCCGACCGAUCCUGGCUCGUUUCCCAAGCAGAGCAGGGCAAUACUGCCGCAUCGUAUUUCCUGGCGCGGAUCCUCCAAGUCGAUCUCGACAAAGGCCGAGUUAAAUGGUCCGAGCAUCAAACCACCAAGCAGCAAAUCUUCCACCAUCUUGAGAGUGCCGCCGAAGCCAACCAUUCAAUGGCCCACUUCUACUUGGCCCAGUGUUAUCGCAACGGAUUCGGAGUCAACCGAGACCACACCAAGGCUGUCGAGUUGUACCACAGACAUGCUGAACAAGGAAUCUCUUGGGCUCAAGUUGCCCUCGGUCGCUGCUACGAGAGCGGCGAAGGUGUCGAUCAAGAUUACAACACAGCCAUCGAGUGGUAUUCCAAGGCUGCAGACCAGGGCAACGAAGACAGCCGACUCCACAUUGUCUUCCUCCGUGGAUGGUUCUCGUUCAUCGGCCAUGGUGUCGAUCAGAGCGACGUGGAUGCCCUCACCCACUGGCAGGAAGUGAGCACCCAGUCCACCAACCCAGUCAUCAAGACCAUCGCCACGCACAUGGUCGGGUGGAUGCACUAUCUUGGCCGUGGUACCCAGCUCGACAAACAAAAGGGUGUCAAGAUCAUCCGCGACAACCAAUCGGAUGCGUUCAAGCUGGGGGAAGAUGAGUGUCUUGCAUCGAUGUGGAACAACAUCAAGUCUGACUCAGCCGCAGCAUGCAAGUUCUUCCAUCUCUGCCACCUUGGAUCGGACCGUGACUGGCUCUGCAGACACUUGAUGGCUUUGUGUCUUGUCAACGGAUUCGGAACCAUCCAAGACCAGGAGAAGGCAGCGGGCAUCAUUGAGCAACUCGCCAAUGAAGGCCACAGCGACAGCCAGUUGUGGAUGGGAGAGUGCUACCGUAGUGAUGGGGGUGUAUCGAAGGACUUCAAGAAGGCAUUCGAGUGGUUCAGCAAGUCGGCCAAGCAAGACAACUCGUAUGGGCAGUGGAUGGUUGGUGUGUGCUACUAUUUUAGAUAUGGAGUCACCAAGGACUACACCAAGGCAGUCGAGUGGUAUCGCAAGUCGGCCGAGCAGGGCAAUCGAUGCGGACAAUAUUCACUUGGUGAAUGCUACCAACUUGGCCGUGGUGUUCCCGAGCACAUCGACACCGCCGCCUCUUGGUACCGCAAGUCCGCCGACCAGGAUUACCAAUGGGCCAUCGACAGCCUCAAGGACCUCGGAAAAUGGCCGUGACCCCCGAUUUCCUCCGAGUCCCACUCCCAAACAACCAAGUGGCAGCAUUGAACAUGCAAACAGACAAGCAAACUGCACCGCCAUCACAUCGCAAACACAAUGAAACCAAUAAGUGGACUUGCAAAGUGGCCCGGAUAAAGCAGCAAUAGCCGAGUGCUGUUGUAUUUGGCAUUCAAUACAUCCAAUACACCCAAUAUACAAAUAGUGC